AUGUCAGCCUUUGAUAUGGAAGAAACAGUUGGAACGCAGUCCACGGCGUCGGCGGCUACUCCUGGUCAUCCCGCAACACAGCUCGUGAAUGGAACUCGGGCUAGGAACGUCCAUACAGUUCUCUCAAGCCAUCAAAAGCCCGGCGAGCAUCAUCCGGAUCCUCCUAGCUCCUCCGGAAGAGGACCCGAUACCAUGAUACCGCCCUCACCCGUCCCCUUGCCUCCUCCCCGAUCAACUUCAGUUCCCUAUACCCGUGAAGGUAAUUUAAACCCCAGACAAUUCCAACCACGGAAUUCAGCCUCGACCAUGGCUGAUGUUUCUCGGCCAUCCCCUCCUAUUGGGCAUACAAGCCCUUCGGUGGACCCAUUGUCUCGUUCAUCCGCUUCCACGGUCCUCGCCAACCACUCUGUUCCCCAGACCCUCCCUACUUCUUUCAAGAAACAAUGGGGCGCCUCGAUGUCCUGGGAUGAUGUAAAGAGUCUCAAUUAUGACUAUGUCCCCUGCCAUCUGUUAUCGAACGGCAUGCUUGUCUGGAGCCACUUCAGCCCGGAUCACUGGAAAUCCCCGGUAGCCAAAGGUAGUCAAACCUUCGAGUGCGUGUCAAUGCUGCCGUUAUUGAUCAACUUUUCGUUCGAGGAGAUCUGCCUUCUAGACUACAACUGUAGAAUUGAGCAGCGAAUUCAAUCCGGAAAAAUGGGCAAGCAGCCCUUUACCAACGGUUGCGGCGGUUCUUCUUGA